AUGGCAAAUUCGUUUGUGGUGGAAAGCCCCAAUGUCACCUACACCCCUGAUUUCAUUGAGGCCAGGUACACCUACAGCACCACUCUGGUGUGCCAAGAGGAGGGCAUCACUAAGGUGAAGCCUUGCUCCACCGCCCUCACCUUCCACACGGAGAGGCGCGUUCCGAAGCUGGGGGUGAUGCUGGUCGGCUGGGGCGGGAACAACGGCACCACGGUGACGGCAGCCGUCUUGGCCAAUCGCCUGGGACUCUCUUGGGUGACCAAGACGGGCACUAAGCAUGCCAACUAUUACGGGUCCUUCUUGCAAGCGUCCACCGUGUCCCUGGGCACCAGCCCGUCCGGAGAAGUUUACAUUCCCUUCCGGGAUCUUCUCCCAAUGGUGCAUCCCGACGACAUCGUCUUUGACGGGUGGGACAUCUCUUCCAUGAACCUGGCAGACGCCAUGCAGAGGGCCGAAGUCUUGGAUUGGCCGCUGCAGCAGCAGCUCCGGCCAUUCAUGGAGGGCCUGAAGCCUCGGCCGGGCAUUUACAACCCCGGGUUUAUCGCAGCCAACCAGGAGAAGAGAGCAGACAACGUCCUGACAGGGACCGAGGCUGAACAGAUGGCUCAGAUCCGCCACGACAUUCGGGACUUCAAGAACUCCAGUGGUGUGGACAAGGUGAUCGUCCUCUGGACAGCCAACACGGAGCGGUUUUGCGACGUGCAGCCCGGCGUGAAUGACACAGCUGCCCACCUGCUGGAGGCCAUUGAGCGUGGCCUAGAGGUGUCGCCUUCCACCCUCUUUGCUGUGGCCAGCAUCCUGGAGGGCUGCGCCUACAUAAACGGCUCCCCACAAAACACCUUUGUGCCGGGGGCUGUGGAACUGGCGGUCCAGAGAGGGGUCUUCAUCGCGGGCGAUGACUUCAAGUCUGGCCAGACGAAGCUCAAGUCUGUCCUGGUGGAUUUCCUGGUCAGCUCGGGGCUUAAGCCGGUCUCCAUCGUCAGCUACAACCACCUGGGCAACAACGACGGCUGCAACCUCUCGGCCCCGGCCCAGUUCCGCUCCAAGGAGAUCUCCAAGAGCAGCGUGGUGGACGACAUGGUGCAGUCCAACCCCCUCCUCUACGGGCCGGGAGAGCGGCUGGACCACUGUGUCGUCAUCAAGUACGUACCCUACGUGGGCGACAGCAAGCGGGCCCUGGAUGAGUACACGUCGGAAAUCGCCCUGGGGGGCACCAACACCAUGGUCAUACACAACACUUGUGAGGACUCCUUGCUGGCCGCCCCCAUCAUCUUGGACCUGGCGAUACUCACCGAGCUGUGCCAGCGGAUCCGGGUGGGCGUCGAGGGCGAGGAGGAGCCUCAGCCCCUCCACAGCGUCUUGUCUCUGCUCGGCUUCCUCUGCAAGGCGCCCCUGGUGCCUAAAGGCACCCCUGUGGUGAACGCCCUCUUCCGCCAGCGGGCCGCCAUUGAGAACUUCUUCAGGGCUUGCGUGGGGCUGCCGCCCCAGAACCACAUGCUCUUGGAGUACAAGACCCAUCAGCCGUGGGGCUGUGCCAAGUACCCCCGCUCCGCUUCCACGCCAGCUUGGCCACCCUCUGUCCAGAAGACGCCCUCCUACCUAAACGGCUUCUUGUGCCCCCCGGAAAGCAACGGGCCCGUACCCAGCGAUGACCAGCAUCACCGUCUGGAGAAGUAG